AAAAUAAAAUUUUUUGUAAAAUCCAUUAUCCAAUGAGGAAAUACUAGAGGAAAGGGACGGAAAGUAUGGUAUACGAUCGUUUCUAUCUUAUCCAUAAAGUUGCGAUUGUUACUUCGUUCGUGACUGCGUCCGAAGAGAAAGAGAAACAGAAAGCGAGAUGGAGCGUGGCCAGUGAUCGUUAGCAAAACGAAGACAGAGAGACGGUAGAAACGAGAAGGCGAUGCACGAUUUGGUUAUAUGUCGACGGUCGGUGCACAACAAAUCGUCGACAUGUUUCAUCAACGAUGCGGUCAUCGAGUGACUUUAACGAACAAUAAUUGCACGGCCAUACGAGAUUUUUUAGAAUAUAAUUAUGGAUUGGUUCUAAGCGCGGAGCCGCUCAAGGAUGACCAGCUUUUCGAAGUCCGCAUUGACAAGAAGCUGAAAUCAUGGAGCGGCAGCAUAGAAAUUGGUGUAACGGAAUGCGAUCCAGAGAUAAUAGAACUGCCGGCUCGUGCUACCAAUCUGUGUCAAGGAACUUGGAUCAUGACCAAUUCCGGUAUAGUACACGACGGGGUAAGAACAGUAGAAACUUACGGAAUGAACCUGAACGCUUUGGAAGCUGGAAGUACUUUGGGAGUAAUGAGGACAUCUAAUCACGAGCUAAUAUUUUACAUCAAUGGUAUUUCCCAAGACGUGGCUGUAUCAAAUAUACCAGAACGCAUAUUUGCAGUGGUGGACAUGUACGGUGAUUGCGUACAAGUGACCAUAACGUACCCACAAAUAGCUGCUGCUUUAUGCAGCGAGCCGAAGGACGAGGUUGAAAUCAAUAACGAUUACGCUCUUGGAGAAGCAUCGAAUUCUUCGACAACCAAUCUAGUCGCUAAUUUAAAUGUUAAUUUAAACGUUAAUGUUAAUGUUAAUUUACCGAAAAACCCGAACCCUGCUGCUGUUAGAGAGGAUAGACUGAGGUUUCACGAAAGGGUUGGCUCGCUGGUUAAGUUGUCAAAUAAUGCUAGGACAGCGGAAAGGAGGAGACCCUUGGAUGAAUUUAAUAACGGUGUGGUAAUGACCCAUAGACCGUUAAGGGAUAACGAAUUAUUCGAGGUACGAAUUGAUAGACUUCUGCAUAAAUGGUCAGGCAGCAUAGAAGUUGGAGUUACUAUGCACAGUCCCACGGCAUUAGAAUUUCCAGCGACAAUGACUAAUAUGCGAUCAGGCACCACAAUGAUGUCCGGAUGCGGGAUACUGGUGAACGGGAAGGGCACGUGCCGCGAAUACGGCGAAUUUAAUUUAGACGAAUUGAGAGAAGGUGAUAGAGUAGGAAUGAUUAGAAGAAGCAACGGGAAUCUCCAUUACUUGAUAAACGGAUUGGACCAAGGAAUCGCUGCUAAAGUACCAGCAGGUGUAUGGGGUGUUAUAGAUCUGUAUGGGAUGACGGUGAAAGUGACGAUCGUCGAUCGGGACGAAAGGGAAGAGCAAAACUUAGUCACUAGGAGAAACACCUUGCAAUUGCAAGGUUUAAAUGAAGCUGAAGAAGAACCGCCAGAUAGGCUCAUGUUUCAUUCCUGUUGCGGUACACACGUGGAAGUGAUCAACAAUGGUCGUACUGCUCAUAGGCCUAACGUGAUGGACGACUUCAACAACGGCGUUGUACUGACCUCGAGGCCAUUGAAACCGAACGAAUUGUUCGAAGUGCGAUUAGAUAAAAUUGUAACGAAAUGGGCAGGGUCCAUUGAGAUAGGUGUCACCACCCAUUCGCCAACAGAGCUGGAGUUUCCUUUCACCAUGACAAACGUUAGAUCCGGCACAUGGAUGAUGACAGAAAACGGAGUGAUGCACAAUGGCACUACUAUAAUAGAUCAGUACGGACAGAAUCUCGAUCGACUGCAAGUCGGUGAUCGCGUGGGUGUAAUGAGAAAGGACAACGCGACGUUACACUUUUACGUGAACGGUGCUGAUCAAGGAGCAGCCGCGAUGAACGUGCCCGAAAGAGUUUACGGCGUUAUAGAUCUUUACGGGCAGGCCGCGCAAGCGACCAUAGUCGACAAUACCGAUUUCUAUAGUCCAACUACGAAUAAUUCUAGUUUCAGCAAUACAACUUUAUAUAGUGACUUGAGGUUUCAUCAUAUACACGGUAAAAAUGCGAAAAUAAUAAACAAUGGAUUGACCGCCCUGAGGCCCAGAGCCUUAGGGGAAUUCAACGAGGCCAUCGUGAUCGCGAAUCGUCCAUUACGAGACGGUGAAAUGUUCGAAGUGACCAUUGAUAAGAUGGUCGACAGGUGGACCGGAGCGAUCGAAGCAGGUGUAACUCUUAUAAGGCCUGACGAGCUAGAAUUUCCAUCUACGAUGACGGACAUCGACCACGACACUUGGAUGUUAUCCGGAUCCAACGUGAUGAGGGACGGUGUUACCUUAACGAAUAAUUAUGCCUGUGAUUUAGACAAACUAGUAGAAGGUAAUCGUAUCGGUAUGAUGCGAUGCUCGGACAGCAGUUUACAUUAUUAUCUAGAUGGAGUGGAUCAAGGGCCUGCAUGUACGGGUUUACCGCCGCACGUUUAUCCUGUGAUUGAUUUAUACGGUCAGUGUGUACAGGUGACAAUUGUAUUACCAGAACGUAGGGAUCCAAUGACCCAACAGUAUUUACCAUCAGAGAACAGCACUAGUCAACAGCCUACGUCUGUGAUUCAGCUUCAGGCUCAAACGGAAAUAAUGCACAAGUUUCACGAGUCUGUCGGCUUAAGUAUUCAGUUGAACAGCGACAGAACUGUGGCGACUAGGUGUAGAGAAUACAGUAACGCUGUAUUGUUGAGCGAAACACCGUUAGAGAAUAAUGAAAUUUUUGAAAUUACUAUUCAAGAAGUUGCCAGAGAGUGGAGUGGAUGUUUGAAAAUAGGCGUUAUGAGCAAUGAAACUGGAAACUGGUUGACGUCUAUGAAUCUUGUACCUGGUAUCGGAUCCAUACCGCCGGACGCUUGGUACUUAACAGGUAACGAAGUGAGGCACAAUGGAUACGUUUUAUGCAUGAAUUAUUGCCCCAGCUUAGAAUGGUUGCGGGUCGGUGAUAAGAUUGGAAUGAAACGUACCCACGAGGGUAAUCUAAAGUUUUACAUAAACGGGGAAGACAUGGGUAUAGCGGCGUCGAAUAUACCUGAAAUGGUGUACAGCGUGGUCGAGCUUUUCGGUAGUACAGUGGCUGUAAAUAUAACUAGUAGCAAACAACAGAAUACCGCUGUGUCACCGAAUGCUAGUUUGAGAUUGCAGGACUCCUUGGAAUUGUUAUUAGAUCCUAUGCCGCCUGUUUUGCGAAACGAUGCUGGAAUGGAUACGUCAGCAGAUGUGUCUGAAGGGAAAUUAGUGAACGAUGUAACACUUACACCCACACAGACUACACCUCACUUGGUUGGGGAAAGUGAUUGGAGUUACGAGUUUCAUGAGAACCAUGGUAGAAAUAUCCAAUUGGAAACGAAAACAAUUGCACGUAGGGUUGCGAGUUAUAAUCAAGGGGUGGUAAUGUCCAGUCGCCCGCUAAUAAAAGGCAAGCCAUUUUCAGUGAAAAUAGAGAAAUUGAACGAACGAUGGGUUUCUAAUAUUCUUUGCGGGGUAACUUGCAUUUCACCGGAGAAGGCCAACUUCCCUUUGACGGCUCUUGGUUUUAAAAAGCACUCGUGGAUCAUUUGCAGCGACUGGAUAUCUCAUAACGGUAUCAGAGUAAAAACAAAAUACGGUGCUGCUUUGGAAAAUCUUCAGUCUAACUCCAUAGUUGGUUUGUUCAUCGACGAAGAUAACAGAUUGCGAUUAAUCAUUAAUGGCGUGGAUCAAGGGGUAGCCGCAACGGACCUGCCUCCUUAUGUCUAUGCCGUAUUCGACCUCUACGGUCAGUGUGAACAAAUUUCAAUCGUGGGAAAUAAUGUGGAACCAUUCUCCUCCACUUCCAUCGAUAACACCGUGACGUCGGUGGAAUGUAUAAGAACGAAACUGGAGGAUGCGGAGAAUUCAAGAGAGAAAGCCGACUUAGAGUGUCACGAAAAGGAGAACGUUGUCGCUGCAACCUCCUCGGACUUAUCCUCUUCUACCUCGCCGAGCGUACCGAGCCAGUGCAGCUCGAACGUAAAGAACGACGACACCGUGGAGUACCAAGGAACCUGUAACAACGGGAGCGUGCAUUUAAUGAACAACAUCGAGAACAAAGCGAUGCCGAAUAACUCGGAUAGUAACAAUCUGGAAUCGAGCUCGGGCAUGAGCAACGACCCGGCGUCGCGAACCGUGAAAAACAAGAAUUACGACAAUUCGAACCAGCUGAACAACAGCGCGAUAUCGAACAGUCAGUCGGAGAAUACGAAUAACAGAAACGAGUGUACAAAUGUAGAAAUAAAUAACGCGACUAAUAUUAAUAUUAAAAACGGCACGGCGAACAGCACCAGCAAUAUAACUAAUAUGAAUACAAAUGCUAACAAUGUGAUAAACGAAAGCAUAGCGUCCAAUAGUCAAGGGGUUAAUUUAAACGCUACGCAUCAGAACAAUGCGUCUAUUAAUAUGUUAAGUUCGUCCCAGAACACGCUUAGCAACGGUGCGUCUGAUAUGUCGAACACCGUUUCAUCUGGUUUCAAUGAGAUCCGUACGAACGUGGCCUGGAACAACACCGUGUCUGUGAAUAAUUCUAUCGGUGGUAACACAACCAUUUCCGGCCAGAAUACAGCCUCGAUUCACAAUGCACCUUCGUUACAGCUACUCCAGAUAUCGUCGUUACCGUCCACUCCGCUCGCAACGAAUACUGUACCUUCGAAAAAGUGUGAAUACCUGAAGGCGUGCAUGAGGUUGAAGAAAUCGUUGGUUUUACCGGACGAAUUUUUCUCCCUAGACGACGUAUUGUGUUACUGUAGCGCUUGUUAUAAAGUAGAGGGGGACGGUGCGGUAUGCAAGAAAGGCGAACCACCGGCGGAGUUUGCUGUACCGAUAGGGUGGACCAGGUUUCCCUUGAGACAAAGUAUCAACGCCAAUCAAAUCCCCCAGGGUACGACGGACAAAUGGCACGUUGCUUUCUACGGUAUACGCCUCGACGCAAUCAGGCUAAUCCUGGACACAGGAGAACUCAUGACAAAGGAACAAUUGGACGUGAGUAAUUUGACGAUGAAUAUAAAGGCAGAGGAUCAAAAUCCCCAGGUGACAUUUUCCCCCAGUAUAAAGUACGCCGCAUCGGAGGAAUUCACUAGGAAAUAUCCAUACAUCGACACCCAGUCGAAUAAAAAAUUAAAUGCCUCAACUGCAUUUCAACUGUUAGUAAGGCCCGGCUCGUACACGAUUAGCCCCGGCGGUAAAGACGGCAAUGAUCCACAAUUCGAGUCCAGCAAAUGGUCUACCAAAGAAGCAGGAGCCACGGUGAUUAUGGCUCUCUUAAUUCAACUCGAUGGAUUUUAAUUUAUUACCACUGGAGAGUUGCGAGAGGACGUUUCCCUUUGCGUCUCGCUAAGAGACGCGUAUUUCAUUUAAGGAUGAACGAAUGUACAUAAGCAUUAUAAUAGCGUAAUAUAAUUACCGUAAGAUAUUUUUUAAAAUGAA